AUGCAUAUGUCUGAUUAUUACAGACCAUGCGAGGAGUCUGUCAUCUUCAAUACGUACCAUGAAGAAAUUACCUUUGAGCGCAAACAGGCCUUGGCUUCAUCCAAGAAGCUGAGUUCGUUCAGUUUACCGGCAGGGGACUAUCAACUGCCAUUCGAGAUCACUCUGGACGGACAUCUUUUUGAGACAAUUGUCGGUCCCCGCCAUCAGUAUCAUUCAUACGAGUUGUAUGGAAUAAUUGAGCGGAGGUUGAGCAGAGACAUUGUCGUCUCUCACCCGGUCAGAAUAUAUAAUCCUGUCGUCAUCGAGAUGGAUGAUAUUUGGUUGUCAACACCAAGAUCAAUUGAAAAGCAGUGGGACAACAAAGUUCACUACCGGAUCUCCAUCCCAGAAACCAACAUCCCAUUCGGAUCGACAUUUCCAGUUCAAUUUUUCCUGGCCCCAUUAUCAAAAGACCUUCGGCUCGGAGCAGUCACGAUCCAAGUAGUCGAAAAACAUGAACUAAAGAUUCGUGCAUCGGCAGCGUACUCGGUGCAGUACAAUGUUCACUUUUUGACAUCAACAAGGGAACAUCUGGUUCUUAGCGAACGAUAUGAUAGCUCUGACGAUUAUGCAACGCGUGAGGGAGCUUUCGAAAUCGAAUGGACGGCCGAGAAGCAAGUCUGUCUACCAGGCACCCUCGAUACUGUCACCCAACAGGUGAAGACACCAAAUAUCAACAUCUACCAUGUCCUAGCUUUCACGAUUGAGUUACGGGGUGCUAGUGGCGGUCUAUCAACGAUCAAAGGAACAAUUCCGAUCAAUAUUGUGAUGUCUCCUCUUGUCAUCGGGGAAAACGGUACCGUCCAUGGCUUAGACCUUGGGAAGCCGCAAUAUGAUCCCAGUUUCCCUCCCCCUUUAUAUGAAGACCACAAGACGGACUUGCUGUUGCUAGAUCGUUAUUUCGACCCUGCGGCUUGCAGUGAGGGCUCGAUAAAUAUUCCAAGAGGCGUUGGGCACAUUUAUGAUGAGACUCGCUGCGAGUUUGCCCCCAGCUACGAGACAAUAAUGGGGGGCUUUAUGGCGAGCUAA